UAGGGUUUAUUGCAAAGAAUAUGAGUGGGGCAGGAAAGCCGGACUUUUUCUACAGAGAAGCUCAGCGCCUGGGUUAUGUAGCUCGCUCCGCCUUCAAGCUGCUUCAGAUUCAAAAGCAAUACAAGCUCAUAACACCAGGCUCCUGUGUUCUGGACCUUGGUUGUGCCCCUGGUGCUUGGCUUCAGGUAGCUUGUCAGAGCUUGGGUCCUAUAAAAAAUGGUGGCCUUGUUGUUGGCAUUGAUCUCAAGAAGGUGAAGGUUCCAGCCAUGCAUUGUGAUUCCAGGGUUCAAACUGUUUGUGCUGAUGUUAUGAAGCUCCCUAACGCCUCAGUCAGGGAACUUUCUCCACAGAAAGGGUUUUCUGUGAUACUCUCAGAUAUGUGUCCACUUGUAUCUGGGAUAGCAAGUAAAGAUGCAGCCUUAUCUCUCGAGUUAGGCAUGCAAGCACUGGAUUUGGCUGUUGGUGGAGCAGCAUUAGCUAAUUCCAACAAUGAAACUGAAGACGAAAGUCUUCCUGUAGCAAAUACAAGUUUAGAGGUUAAUGGUGUAUUAAAAAGGGGCGGUCAUCUUGUCAUAAAGCUUUUAGAGAGUGAAGAUGUGCAAGAUUUUAACCGCAUUUGCAAACCAUUAUUUAGAAAGGCAUCAUUGUUGAGGCCUAAAGCCACAAGAUCGACAUCGAGAGAGAUUUAUCUGAUAUGCCAAGGUCUGCAGUCACCAGCUAGAACAUAGUGUCACACAGAAGCGAGAGUGUACCCAAUUGCAACUGGCAACAAAUUGAACAAGAUUGACGUACCCAGAAAUUCCAGUUAUCUGCAGUCAUUUAUUACUCAAAUUGUAGUCUUGACUCUUGAGUCUCAAAAUCUCAAAUCGUGUUUUGUAUGUUCAGUGAGCUGGCCAACUUCAAUAAUCUUGUAAAGUUUUAGCUCAAAUUAGAUAUGGUAUUGAAGAAUGCAUGGUUUGCAUUA